UUUACUUAUUGCCAAAUCCCCUCCAAAAGUUUCAUCAUGUAUUCCUUUUCUUUCUUCUAUAAAUUAAUCACCUUAGCAUUUCUAAUGGGCCUUGCCAAACCAGACCCAGGCCCACUUCAAGAUUACUGCAUUGCUGAUUCAAAAUCAUCCUUUUACAUGAAUGGUGUGCCUUGCAUUAACCCAAAACUUGCAACUUCUGCCCAUUUCACCACAUCAGCGCUGGCCAAGGCUGGUAACACCCGAGCCAAUCCUUUUGGCUUCAAUGUCACACUCACCAAUGUCAAAAACUUGCCGGGGAUGAACACCUUGGGCCUGGCCUUGGCCCGGGUUGAUAUCGUGCCGAAUGGAAUCGUGCCACCUCAUUCCCACCCGCGGGCCUCGGAGGUAACCAUUUGCCUAAAGGGCUCAAUACUUGUGGGCUUUGUUGAUAGCUCUAAUAAUUUGCAUACCCAGAGGUUAAGAGAAGGGGAAUCAUUUGUGUUUCCAAAGGGGUUGAUUCAUUUUUUGUCUAACGUUGAUCCUAUGAGAUCUGCAGUGGCUGUAUCUGGGCUUAGUAGUCAAAAUCCAGGAGCCCAAAUAGCUUCUCUUGCUUCUUUUAGAUCCAACCCUUUUAUUCCUGAUGAUGUUCUCAAGAAAGCAUUUCAAAUUACAAGCCAAGAUGUCAUCAGAAUCCGCAGAAACCUUGGUGGAUAAUCAAAUGUUAUAGUAUAUUCUUGAAUAAAAAAGAGAACAAAGGGUCGAUUCGGUCUUCAAACUUGUAAUGUAGGAUUAAAUAAUUUAUUUUUCGUCGUUUUGAUAAA